CGUGCUGGACAAACACACACGUUGCUUCGUUACCGCUAAGUAAACAUGCCGGUUGAUUCCAGACGAAUACGCGGUCCAGAUGUCUCCCAAAGCCCAUCUUUGUUCGCCUGCAAGUCGCCGGUGGUCUUCUCCUCGCACGGCCCCCGAGCUGAUGGUCGACAGCGGGACCAGGUGGACGUCCGGGCCGUUUUUGUCCGGUGCGGGCUAGUGAGCCAGGCUAAGGGCUCUGCGUACAUGGAGGCCGGGGACACCAAGUUGAUGUGCUGCGUUUAUGGUCCCAGAGAAACCGAUCGUAAAGAUGAAACCGAUAUGAAGUGCGGAAGGUUGACAACAGACAUGCGUUUUGCUCCAUUCUCUUGCCCAGAGAGAGGCUCCUGGAUUCAAGGGAGUCAAGACAAGGACUUCUCCUUGAUGCUGCAUGAAAGUCUUCAGCCUGCCCUGUGCCUCCACAAAUACCCCCGCUCUCAAAUAGAGGUCAACGUGAUGGUUCUUGAAAACAGCGGAUCGGUCCUAGCGCAUGCUGUCACCUGCGCGUCACUCGCCCUUGCAGACGCCGGGAUUGAAAUGUACGACCUGGUGCUCGGCUGCGCCCUUCGCCAGGAUGGGGCUUCUUAUGUGGUUGACCCAACAUAUGCGGAGGAAAACGGCAGUGGCUCAGCCGACUGCGAUAAUCAGGGUAGACUGACUCUUGCGUUUCUCCCCAGCCUGAAUCAAAUUUCGGGGCUUCAGUCAGAUGGAGAAAUGACUGAAGAGACUCUGUCUGCUGGGAUGCGCACAUGUAUUGAGGGAUGCUAUAAGAUAUAUCCGGUCAUCCAACAAGCUCUGGCUAAGGCAGUGCGGAGGGCAGCCCCUCCACCAUCAGAGAGCUGAUGGAGCAUAUAUUGAUUUACCUUGUAUAUUUUAUGUGUAAGUCAAUUGUAAAAUAAAAACGGGUAAUGAAUGUGAAAGCAGAAAGAAGUGCCGUUAUAAAGUUAACACCAAAUUUGAAAAAAUAUUAACAAUAAAAUGAGGCUUCAGAUUUGUAAAAAAUGAGUGUUAUCAUUGUUAACGUGACCACAGAAUGCGCUCAAAACAACGCCCUGCUCCACUGUCAAAUAAAUCUCUUCAAACAUA